AUGUCCCAACGUCUCUCUCAAUUGACCCACCAACUAAACUAUCCCACUGGCCUUUUGGCCAACAAAACCGCUAUCGUCACCGGCGGCGGCCAAGGCAUCGGCGCCGAGAUCGCGCGCCAGUUCGCGAACGAGGGUGCUAGAGUUGUUAUUGCUGAUAUUGAUGGCGGAAAAGCAAAUGCAGUCGCAGAGGCCAUCACCGCGAACGGCGGAAAGGCCGUUGCGGUUGUCGGGGAUAUACUCGACGAUGGGUAUAUCCAGGGGUUGGUGAAGAAGGCGGCCGAGUUUGGGGAUGGGAAGCUUCAUGUUAUUGUGAAUAAUGCGGGGUUUACGUGGGAUGGGGUUAUUCAUAAGAUGACCGACAAACAAUGGGAAACGAUGCUGGCAAUCCACAACACAGCCCCAUUUAAGCUCGUCCGCGCCGCGGCCCCAUACUUCCGGGUCAAAGACGACGAGGACCGUGUCAUCGUGAACAUCAGCAGCACCAGCGGGAUCCACGGGAAUGCAGGCCAAGCAAACUACGCCGUCGCCAAAGCCGGCACCGUAGGCCUUACCAAAACCAUCGCCAAAGAAUGGGGCCCCGCUUUCAACGUGCGCUCCAACACCGUCGCCUUUGGCUUCGUCAAGACCCGUCUCACAGCUGCUAAGGAAGACGGCGCGUACGUGACCACGUCUGACGGAACGAAGGUCGCGCUGGGGAUUCCAGGGAAACAGUUGCAGAACCGCCAAGGUGGAGGCGGAGCGAAUGGAGGGAAAGCAGAGGAAUAUCCGGACAUUCCGCUGCGACGGCCUGCUAGUCCCGAGGAGGCGGCAAGGGCUGUGUUGGCGGUUGCUAGUCCGUUGUUUUCGUAUGUGACUGGUGAGACGAUUCGGGUUACGGGGGGGAGGAAUAUGUAA